AUGGCGGCAGUCAUCAGAAGAAGCUUCCAACACCUGGACGGAGGAACAUUCAAACUCCUGGACGGAGGAACAUUCAAAUACCUGGACGGAGGAACAUUCCAACACCUGGACGAAGAACCAUUCAAACCACUGUAUAAGACGCUUACCACGUACAGCUACACCCCGAAUGGCGACGAUGUCAUUACAAUCCUCAAGCAGUCCACCACAGCACCUUACAUUGAAGAUGGCACUUUGAUGCAGCUCCCGUUUUGUUCGCCUAAAACAUUGAACCGAUGGGAUUUCAACUGCAAAGUGAAAUGUUCAGAUCCAAUAACUGCUACUUUAGAAACCGAUCUCCGAUCCAAGUUUCGAAUCGUGUGUGAUGCGCAAGUAGAGUCUGAUGGAUCAACGGACGUGAGUGAUGCUAAUGCUUCAGUGCCAAUAUUCAACUUUACGGAUAUAUGUCUAAGAGCUACCCUCGAACAAUUUUGUUUGGACGACCAACCAGUACCGAAUAUAGUGCAUUAUAUUUUCUUUGGUAUUCACCAACUAUCUUUUUUCCACUUCCUCAGUAUUUGGAGUGCACAUAUUAUACAACAGCCGUGUGCUAUCUUAAUCCACGGAGACACUCCAAUAUCCGGUCCUCUCUGGCGCCGUCUCGGAACAGCUGUGCCAAAUCUUAUACGCGUUAGAAAAGCGCCCCCUAGUGACGUGUUUGGGAUUCCGAUAGAUUUGAUUGAACACAAAGCAGAUGUAGCAAGGUUGGAGGCUGUAAGAGAUUUCGGGGGCAUUUACAUGGAUACGGACGAAAUUCUUUUACGGAAUCUUAAUCCUCUCAGGAAAUAUGACUUCACGCUGAGCCAUGCGUUUGAUUACAAUUUAAGUAACGGACUGAUCAUGUCAGCCAGGAAUGCUUCCUUCGUGAAUAUCUGGUACAGCCAAUAUAGCACGUACGAUCCUACUCUAUGGGGACAUCACUCUACCAUUGUGCCAUAUCAACUCUCACAACAAUAUCCUCACCUGAUCCAUGUUGAGAACAAUAGUUUUGUUAACCCAGACUAUGAUCAUGUAGAUAUGAUAUUCAACGGGAAUUUUAACUGGAACAAUAACUAUGCAAUUCACCUGUUCAUAAGAAAAUAUGAUUUGGAGCAUAACUUUACGGACGUCCGUCAUUUAAAUACAACUAUUGGAGCGGUGUCUAGACAUGUGUUAUUUAGCUGUAAGGAGCUGUGCUCAGAUUAGGUUCACAAUACAACUAUUGGAGCGGUGUCUAGACAUCUGUUAUUUAGCUGUAAGGAGCGGUGCUCAGAUUAGGUACACAAUACCACUAUUGGAGCGGUGUCUAGACAUGUGUUAUUUAGCUGUAAGGAGCGGUGAUCAGAUUAG